UAGUCUGCUUUGUACUGAGUUCUCCCAUCAGAGAGAACGAACACAAAUUAUAAAUUAUUCAUUAAUUAAAAUUGUUAGUUUGUUUCAUUUUAAAGUUUAAUUUAAUUUUGUGUAUUCGUAAAACAAAACGAAUAUACGCUUACCUUGCUAAUAAAUUAUUACUCUAAUUGGAGAAAUUGGAACUUGGAAAUUAUCCAAUAGAAAAACGGGAAAGAUUACAAGAUAUCUAACCAAAAAGUGUAUUUUCUUCCGUUCCUUCUUUUUUUCCUAGCAGCCGUAAAUGUUGUAGCUUAAGCGUGGCUAAUAAAGGUACAAAAAGGAAAAUGAGCAGCUCUGAAGAAGUAUCGUGGAUUUCUUGGUUCUGCGGAUUAAGAGGAAAUGAAUUUUUUUGUGAAGUUGAUGAAGAUUACAUCCAAGACAAAUUCAACCUAACUGGAUUAAAUGAGCAAGUACCUCACUAUAGGCAAGCUCUGGAUAUGAUUUUGGAUUUAGAACCCGAUGAUGAAUUAGAUGAUAAUCCCAAUCAAUCUGAUUUAAUAGAACAGGCUGCCGAAAUGCUUUAUGGGCUAAUACAUGCUAGAUACAUUUUAACAAACAGAGGCAUUGCGCAAAUGAUCGAGAAGUAUCAAGCAGGAGAAUUCGGCCACUGUCCGCGGGUUUAUUGUGAAUCACAGCCAAUGUUGCCUUUAGGACUAUCAGAUGUUCCUGGAGAAGCAAUGGUGAAACUGUAUUGCCCUAAAUGUAUGGACGUUUACACGCCAAAAUCAUCGCGUCAUCAUCACACUGAUGGGGCAUACUUUGGUACCGGUUUUCCACAUAUGUUAUUUAUGGUUCAUCCAGAAUACAGACCUAAACGUCCCAGUAAUCAGUUUGUGCCCAGACUAUAUGGAUUUAAAAUCCACCCUCUAGCUUAUCAACUACAACAGCAGGCUGCAUCUACCUUCAAAGCCCCUAUUAGAACCUUAAAUUUUAACAAUGGUAAACGUUAAAAUGAAGAGGUAAAAAAAUUAAUUUGUGUAUUUCAAUUGAUAUGUGUACCACCUGGUUAAUUGAUUUUUAAUUUUCAAUUUCAAAGACAACCAAAUACUUGUAUUGGUUCAAAAAUAAAAUACUUGUGGACAAAAAUCUCUUAUUUUUAAACAGUGUGACAUGUAGUUUUCAUAACUUUUUCAUUUAGUUUUUAUAAAUUGUUAAGUUUAUCAGUUUAUUUAAAAAUAUAUAUUGCAUAUUGUCUUAGCUGACAUUUAAGAAGUAUAUUGGUAACUAGGAAGUAUCUUUAUUUAAAGUUUAAUUCAAUAAAAAAGAUAUUGUAGGUAUACAUAUAAGUGCAUUAAAUUAAUAAAUUAUAAUUUAAAUUCUUCGAGAUGGUAAAUAUAUAGUAAGUUAAAAGUG